GCAGAGUGCCGUGCAGACCUUCAGUGUAUGACGGUGUCCCAGACACAAGUAUCACUGCUGCUACAAGAUGAUCCUGCUGCUCGCUCUGCUUUCUGUUCUUUUGGGAAAACCGAGUUUGUGCCUGGUGGAGGAUGGAGGCUUUACAUUUGAUGGAAAUAUCCGCCAAUUCGCCAUGACCUCCAACACGGUUUACAUCGCCACAGAGGAGAGGCUGUACCAGCUGAGCCACGACCUGACUCUGAUCAACAGUCUGACCCAGAGGGGAAUAAUAAAGACCGGAAACCAGCAGGAUGAUGUGCAGUUUCACCGGGUUUCUGACACAGCUGAGGGGAACACAACUUUCAGCAUCAACGUGUUGUUGCCUUUUACAAGCAAUGACUCUCUGAUCAGCUGCGGUGUGACUGACGAUGACUGCAGUUACUGCGAGGUUCUGGACCUGAAGAACAUCUCCAACCUUCUGUACAGAGAACACAUCCAGGUGGGACCUCUGAAAAGCAGCAGCAGGUCAGUCAGCUUUCUGGUGGAUGUGAAGAAGAAAACUCAGACUGACACUUACAUUCUGACCGCGAUCCAACAAAACAGAGAAAAGCCCGAAAACAACAAGUGUGGUGUCAAUCAGAAGACUAUCAACCUUCAAAAUACAGAUAACAAACAAGGUGGAGGUAUAUUUUCUGUAACUGAUAGAGCUUCAGGCACACCUCAGAUCACAAGUAAAGGUGAUGUGGAGUUUGUUGACGGGUUUCAGCUUAAUUCAACCAUCUAUCUGUUCUCCAACGCGCUCUCAGCUCAAACAAACAGAGUCCGUCUCAUUUGGCUCAAAGGCGAAAAAAGCAAAACUGAUACACUCAAGUCUCUGCGGGGCGCAACUCUCAGUGUCUCUGACGGUGACAGCAGCAGACUCGUGGCCUCCUCGGUCAUCCCGGGGGAGCAGCCGGUGCUUUGGAGCGGCGUGUUCAGUGUGGAUGGAGGAGAUACCGACACCAAGCUGAUGGUGUUUGACAUCAGCCCUGAUUACAGCAGGAACACCGACAGAGAUCCAGACUUCUAUACCUCUGUGCCAUCAGAAGUGACGCCAAAGAUCCUAAAACCUAAGGCAGUCCUCUUCAGGCACAGCUACAUGACCUCUGUGCUGGCAGUGAGGCAGAGAGGCUGGAUGGUUUUCUUCAUUGGGACAGGAGACGGCCAGCUCAUUAAGCUGUCUGUGGACAGGAACUAUCACGCUGCCUGUCCCACGGUGCUCUACAGGACAAGUGAUGAUCGCAAAGUGUUUCCCAAAUUACAUCUGGAUCCAGUGGGUCAUAAACAUGUGUAUGUGCCAUUUAGAAACCAGAUAAGGCGAGUUCCUGUGUCAAAGUGCAGCACGUACACAAAUGUGCAGGAGUGUUGGUCUGCACAGGAUCCAUACUGUGGUUGGUGUGGCUCUAAAAGCAGCUGCACAUUUGAAGAUGACUGCACAGAUUCAGACUGGCUGUCCAUUCCUGAUGAGUCCCAGCACAAAAUGAUUUCCCACAAAGUUGAAAAGGACACAAACGGACAGAUUUUACUAAAAAUCCACACACACUUGACUGUGGGCCAGGAAGUGUCGUCCAACUUUACCUGUCAGUUCACUGCAAGGUCCAGCUCGAUUUGUGCUUUGAAUAACCCUCCUCCACAGUUCCCACAAUGCACCUGCAUCCUGUCUGAUCGUACACUUCCUGCUGAUGGUCUGCAUGUCACAGUGAAAUUUAGACUUGGUUCAACACAACUGUCAGAACAGCUGAGGUUGACUAACUGCUCUGACAUCAGUGGACCACCAAGUUCAGUCUUGUGUCAGCAGUGCAUCAAAGCUGGUUGUGGAUGGAACACAAACAGAUGUUCCUGGGCCGAUCAAACAGAGAUCAAUGACAGCGUUUGCCAAAAUGUGCAGUCUGGGAAGAACUUCUCUAUCCCAGAGAUCUCCUCCAUCACUCCCAGUGUGGUGUCUUUCUACGGUAGAAACCACGCAGUGCUGUCAGGUCGUAACCUCGAUAAUGUGACUGCAGUGAGGAUGCAGGCCGAUACUGACUGUACUCCAAAAGAAUCUUCCAUUUGGGACAACACUGGUUUCAGUCUGACGUUCCACAUUCCCAGUUCAAAUAUCAAAGGCGUGGUCAACGUAUGUCUUCUCCUCCCAGAUGGUCGUUGCCAUGGCAAAGCUAAAAUCACCUACAGCUCAUUACCAUCAUGCACCAAUAUUACUCCAAGCAGCAGCUGGAUCAGUCCCUCUGCUCUGACUAAAGCCCGCUUCCUGUCCUGCAGUGGGAAGAGGAAGAUCACACUCAUGGGGUCUCACCUUAACUUUGUUGAAGGGGUCUUCCACAGCCACGCAAUGCAGGAUGUCAGACUUCCCAGAAACAUCAGCUCUGAGUAUCUCACCUACAAUUCACCUGCAGCUGGGAGCAUUUCUAGCAGCACUAUGUUUGUCAAAGUAGCCAAUGAAACCUUGGCCUGCUCCAUUAAACUCCCCUACUAUCCAGACCCUGAGUUUACCAGCUUCACAGUUAUAAGGACAGGGGAAGAUGUGCGCAUCACCAUUCAGAAAAAGACAGACAAGCUGGAGAUGAUGAUAGAUGAGUUAUCAGCGUGGGGCGUUCAAGACAAUACGGAAUACCAGUGCAUCAUGAAAGCCAAAGAAACCAGUAACAACUCUGACUCUUUCAUCUGUGAGAUUAAAAGACUAACCAACCCUGAAUUUGAGGAGUUGCUGAUAAAUUAUGGUGACAGGACAGUAAGUCUUGGGCUUGAUUCCCAGUUACACGAAGCCCUGCAGAUAUUACGUUUCAUGCUGAUACCCUGUGUUAUUGCAGUGUUGGUGAUCAUCUAUUUCUGGCAGAAGACACUCACCAUUGAGAUGAAUAAGCUCUGACCACUGACUGGCCUGAGUAUUCUUAGGAAGAAGUUUGUCUCAAGAUAGGCAUUAUAAAGCUUCCUGCAGAGUUUGCUUUGUUUUAUUUUUUCUUUCUGUCUUUACGAUGUUAAUCAUAUUGCAAAUGUGUUUUAGCUGAAGUCAUAUUAUCAGGACACAAAUAAAAAAAUAUUUUAUCUGUUGUA